CGAUAGCAACAAGAAUAUCCAGCACUUGUUCCACAUUGUAUGGCAAAAGAAACAGAGAAAUAGCGGUGACGACCACUGACACUGACCUAAAAAGCUUAAAACUACUUUGAAUUUGGGGCUCCAUGACUCUCGUCGAAUUGUUCGAUUAACUCUGUAACAAUCUGGCUUGAGGAAGAAGCGAGGAGGAGGAGGAAUACGAGCUAGAUUCCAAUUCUACACAGUUGACUUGUGUAAGAAUCUUGCUUGAGUUAAACCCUAAGUAUUUGGUGGUAAUUCCUCUCUGCUGCUUUGGAAGUCUUCCGUCGGCAAAUUACCGACGUUUUUGCUAGUGAAGACUCCGGCUCCAUCUUUUAGCAAAUAUAAUGUUUGGUCGGUGGUCUACUUCUCAUCACGAGGAAGAGAACAAUCCAGAACAGAUCACAUCGAAGGUCAAUGAGCUAAAGGCUAAGUUAGGAUCCUUAGUUGGACGCAAUGCAAUAUAUUGCAGUGAUGCGUGCUUGAAAAGAUAUCUAGCGGCCAGGAAUUGGAAUGUAGACAAAGCAAGGAAAAUGCUGGAAGAGACAUUUAAAUGGAGAUCUAUGUAUAAGCCUGAGGAAAUCCGUUGGCCUGAAAUAGCAUUUGAAAGUGAGACUGGAAAACUUUAUCGAGCAAGUUUUCAUGACCGAGAAGGAAGAACUGUUCUUAUAAUGAAGCCAGGAAAGCAGAACACAACAUCAUUAGAGAAUCAGAUCCGGCAUUUGGUGUAUCUUAUGGAGAAUGCUCUUCUCAACCUUCCUGAAGGUCAGGAACAGAUGUCAUGGCUGAUUGAUUUUAAUGGUUGGUCUCUUAGCACCAGUGUGCCAAUCAAGUCUGCACGGGAGACCGUCAACAUCUUGCAGAACCACUAUCCCGAGAGACUAGCCCUAGCGUUUCUAUAUAAUCCCCCAAGGAUAUUCGAAGCGUUCUGGAAGGUAGUCAAGUACCUUUUGGAUCCCAAAACAUUUCAGAAAGUGAGAUUUAUUUAUCCUAAGAAGCAAGAGAGUGUGGAACUCAUGAAGUCAUAUUUUGACGAGGAGAAUCUUCCAUCAGAAUUUGGAGGAAAAGCCCAACUGGAAUAUGUCCAUGAGGAGUACUCUAGAAUAAUGAUUCAAGAUGAUAUUAAAUGUGCUGCCUUCUGGGAACAUGGUGAAAAGCAACACCAUAUUGUCAAUGGCUACUCCAGUGCAGUGGUGGCUCCAGAGUGAGUGUACUUCACGGUAACAUAUCAGUUACAGGGAUUGCCAUUUGUAGUUGCGGCCUAGCCCCUUAAAACGUGUUGUAAACCUGUAAUUCACUAAUCUUGCCUAAUUAAACAUGAUGGAGAGAAUUCUGUUCUUAUUGGUAAUUGUAGAUUUGGUUAGAACACUUUGAAUUAUCCUGUAAAAGAUUGACCGAUUUGAUCGACUGAUAGAGAUCCAACUA